AUGAGUCUGCACGAGGCGGCGCGGCUGGGGGACCGCGAGCUGGUCAAGAAGCUGGUCAAGAAGGACGGCCGCAAGAACUGCGUCAACCUCGAGGACGCCUACGGCCAGACGCCGCUCCACAUCGCCGCCGAGGAGGGCCACGCCGAGCUGGUCCAGCUCCUGGCCGACAAGUACGGCGCGCGGGUCAACGCCCGCGACCAGGCCGGCUGGACCCCGCUCUUCUGCGCCUGCAAGUGGGGCCGCGCCCGGGUGGCCGACCUCCUCCUCCACCGCGGCGCCGACGCCGCCGUGCGCUCCAACGACAACGCCACCGCCCUCCACUACUUUGUGCGCCACGACUACACCCAUCCUACGACGACGACGGCGGCGGCCACAGCAGCGGCCACGGCGGCUGCGGCGACGAUGGGUGGUGGUGGUGGCGGCGGCGGCGGCGGUGACGCGGGGCUAGCGCUGCGGGUGCUGCGGGGGCUGCUGGAGUGCGGGGCCGACCAGAACGCGCAGAACACGAACGGCGAGGUGCCGCUGCACGUGGCGGCCUACACGGGCGUGGUCCCGUCGGUCGAGGCGCUGCUCUCGCUCGGCUCUGCGCCGGACGCGACCGACCGGAAUGGCGAGACGCCGCUGCACCAUGCGGCGCGGCGCGGGCACACGCGGGUCAUAGCCCUACUGCUCGACUAUGGCGCCGACCGCACCGUGCGCGGGGCCGAGUCGGGCCUCACCCCGCGCGAGCUGGCCCAGCUGUCAGGCCAGGCCGACGCCGCGCAGCUCCUCGACGCCUACGUCCCGGUCCCGCCCGUCACUGCACGCGGCCUGCGCGACGAUGUCGGCGCUGCGGGCGCCGGCGGCAGCGGCGCUCGCGGUUCGGUAAACAAAGUGAAGCUGGUCCUGUUGGGCGACGCAUCGACAAAUAAGACGCAGGUGCUGGCGGCCUUCGCGCGUACGGCGACCAAUGCGAAGCUGCGACAGACGGCGCCGGCGCCUAGCGACGGCGAAGGUGGCGGCGGGCUGCAGGUGGAGGGCGAGGUGGUGCUCGACGGGCGCGCGGUGGCGGUGGAGCUGAUCGAUGCGCCAGCGGGCGACGCGGCCCGCGCCGCGCUGAUGCCGCUUACCACCCUCUUCCUCGUCUUCUUCUCCGUCAUCGACCCCGACUCCUACGCCAACGCACUCAAAAAGUGGGUAUCGGAGGCGUACUACCACUGCCCGGGCACGUCGUUCGUGCUGGUGGGGCUCAACGCGCACCAGCGCAACGACCCGGCCACGCUCAGGCAGCUCAAGACCCGCGGCAUCGCGCCCGUGACGGCCGCCCAGGCCACCGAGCUCGCCAAGCGCGCCAAAGCCAUCAAAUACCUCGAAUUCCAACAGCAGCAGCCGACCGAGGCGGUCGGCGCCAGCGCGCAGGCGCUGUUCGAGGAGGUGGUCCGCGCGGUGGUCUUUCCCACGACGCGGCACCAGAAGGAGCUGACCAAGCGCGAGCGGAUGCUGGAGAAGGUGCGCACGGAGGUGGCGGCGGCGAUGGCGGCGGAGGAGAACCGGGGCGGCGGCGGCGAGCUGUCCUUCAAGAAGAAGGGCUGGGACAGUACCCACAUCCCUAAGAGCUUCGGCAAGGACAUGCGCGAUAUACGCAAGCUCGUGCUGAGCGACAACAAGCUGUUCUUCUUCCCGCUGGCGCUGCUCGAGCUCACCAAGCUGCAGACCCUCGAACUCCGCAACAACGCACUCACCUUCCUCCCCGACGCGCUCCCUCGAAUGUCGUCGCUGAAGAAGCUGGACGUGGAGAACAAUCAGCUGUCGGCGCUGCCGGGCGAGAUGGGGGCGAUGACGCACCUCGAGGAGCUCAAGCUGCGGGGCAACCUGCUCGACCAGUUCCUGCCGCCCGAGGCCCAGGCCAACGGCACGCGCGGCAUCCUGGCCUACCUGCGCGACCUCCACAAGGGCGCCGAGCGCUGCUACCGCAUGAAGAUCAUGUUCGUCGGCAAGGAGGCCGCCGGCAAGACUUCCUUGUCGUACUUUUUGCUGAACAACAAGAAGAUGGAGCGCGCCCCGCUGUCGACGGACGGGAUUGACAUCAACAGCUGGGAGAUCCCCUUCUCCGACGUGGAGCCGGAGCUGGGCGAGAAGUACAUGCGGGACAACUGGUCCAACAAACCCAUCAGCUUCUCGGUGUGGGACUUUGCGGGCCAGGAGGUCUACUACAGCACCCACCAGUUCUACCUCUCGCGGCGCAGCAUGUACCUGGUGGCCUUCAACCUCAUGGACGACGACAUCCUCAAAGGGGACUACCACCGGGUGUCGUAUUGGUUGCAGAGCGUGACGGCAAAGGCGCGCGGGGCGCCGGUGGUGGUGGUGGGCACGCGGGCGGACCUGGUCCAGCCCAGCGAGAUCGCCGAGGUCUUUGCCAAGAUGCAGCAGCAGUUCGCCCACUUUGGCGUCAAGCACUACCUGGCCGUGAGCUCGCACACCGGCAAGGGGCUCAAGGAACUGAGGACGACGUUGAUCGAGCUGUCGCUCAAGCAGCGCACCAUGGGCGAACAGAUCCCGCGCGCCUACCUCGAACUCGAGGGACUCGUCCAGCGCAAGCGGCAGGAGCUCCUCGCGGCGAAGCGGCCGCCGACGCUGCCCUACGGCGAGUACCGCGCGAUGGCCCUCAACGCGCUGCGCAUCGACGACGACGAGGCCCUCCUCCGCGCCACCGAGUUCCUCCACGAGCUCGGCUCGCUCGUCUACUUUCGCAAGCCCGGCCUCUCCGACAUCACCAUCCUCGACCCACACUGGUCCGCCCCCUUGCGUCCGCCCCCUCGCGUGAUGGCAACGGUGGUGUCGUCCAAGACGUCGCUCGAUCGGGGCGUCCUGCCGCACAAGUUCCUCACGUCGCACAUCUGGAAGGGCGACCUCUACCCGACCCACCUGCACGACACGCUCCUCCUCCUGCUCGAGAAGUUCCAGAUCACGUUCCGCCUGCGCCGCAAGCGCGCCGUGCUGCGCGCGGUGCAGGACACGGUCGGGCCGACGCCCAACCAGCUCUCGUUCCGGGCCGGCGACAAGAUCCUCCUGUUGGAGAAGGCCAAGGUGGGCAAGUGGUGGAAGGGCCUCCACAACGGCCACGUCGGCUACUUCCAGCAGACCCACAUCCGCGAGACCCGCGAGCCGCCCGAGUUCACCCUCGAGGACGAGUCGCUCGUCCCGUGCCUCCUCCCCACCGACCCGCCCCCCGGGACGGACAAGCACUGGCCCGCGGGGUGCGAGGCGGGGGUGGUGCGUCAGAUCGGGCGGCGGUGGCGCUUCGACUUUCUGCCGCUGCCCUUCUUCCCGCAGCUCAUCGUGCGGCUGCUCCACUUCAUGGAGUCGCGGGUGCACUGGCGCUACGCGGUCGUGGUCGAGGCCGGGGCCGGGGCCGGGGCCGCGCACGCGCUGGUGCGGGUUGACCACAGCGAGGGCCACCUCACGGCGCUGGUGCGGGGCGACGACGAGGCCGAGGCGGCCGAGCUCAUGUCGGUGCUCGAGGAGGAGGUCGACACGCUGCGCGAGUGGUUCGGGGUGACCUUCACCGACGUGGCCGCGCCGUGCCCGCACUGCUGGCGAGAGCGCGUGGCGCAGCCGCACCACUUUUUCGCGGUCGAGGCGCUCGAAGCGGCGUCGGCCAACGAUGUGGCGGGCCUGGCCUGCCCGCGGGCUGCGGCCGGACCCGGGUCAAUGGUGGCACUGCGUGACGUGGCACCCGACAUUGCGAUGACGUCAGCCGGCUGCGCGCGGGUGGCCUACGCCGACCUGCGGCUGGCCGACCUGCUGGGCGAGGGGGCCUACGCCGACGUCUUCCGCGGCACCCUGGGCGACGAGACCGUGGCCGUCAAGAAGCUCAAGAACGCCAAGGGCUUCAAGGAGUUCCGCACCGAGGUCAAGUUCAUGAGUGGGGAGGAGCACGAGAACAUCGUGUCGCUGCGGGGCGUGUGCCUGAACCCGCCGUGCGUGAUCACGGAGUACAUGGAGCUGGGCAACCUGCACGGGUACCUGGAGGACCACCGCAACGUCAUCGAGUGGCGCCAGGUGGUGGCCGUGGCCCGCGACGUGGCCCGCGGCAUGCACUUCCUCCACACCCAGACGCCGCCCAAGAUCCACCGCGACCUUAAAUCGCCCAAUAUUCUCCUCGGGCGGCGCAACGACCGGCUGGUGGCCAAGGUGGCCGACUUUGGCACGUCGCGGUCGCUGGCGCCCACCAUCGGCGGCCGCAUGGUCGACAACCCGAUCUGGCUCGCGCCCGAGGUCAUGCGCAACGAGGAGUACACCGAAAAGGCCGACGUCUAUUCGUUCGGCAUUAUUUUAUUCGAGCUCUACGCGCGCGCGUUUCCCUUCGGCCGAAAGACGCGCUUCCAGAUCGAACUCGACGUGGUGCUCGAGCGGCUCGGCGAGACGACGACAACGACGACGACCGAGAGCGCCGCCGGCGCCAGCGCUUUCCUGGUGCCGGUGGCCUACCGGGCCGUGAGCGAGUGCCCCUACGCGCCCCCGCUCGGCGGCAGCCCCGCCUCCUCCCUCGCCUCCGCCCCCUCCGGCACCAGCAGCGACGCGACGCCGUUCGCGCUCGCGGCGGCCUCGUCGUCAUCGACGAUUACGACGACGGCGGCGGCGAUGGCAAAGGUGAUGAGGGGCGAGGUGGUGUUUGUGCCGGAUGUGGCGCCGCCCUACAGCCCGACGACGUCGCCGGUGCCGCUGCUCCACGAGUACUACGUGUCGCGUCAUGUGGUGGUCGAGGCCGCGCAGAGCAAGGGCGGGGAGAGCGCGUCGAGCAGCACCAGCAGUAGCAGCAGCAGCCGUACCACCAGCACCGGCGGCACCGCCGCUGCUGCUGUCUCCACCAGCAGCAGUGGAUCGGUCGUGGCGCGCACGGCGUCGUCGUUGCCGGCGCCGGCGGUGGAGGAGGCGGCCAAGCCGACGGCGCGUGUGCCGUCGCCGGCUGCGACGCGGGGAACACGCGCGGCGGCGGUGGCCGCCGGUGCGGGGCUGCGACCGCCGGCCCCCGUGCUGGUGAUCCCGCUCGUGUCCGAGUUCGGCCUUGCGCGCGUCCUCGAGGGUCCACCGGGCGCUCUGCCGGCCACCGCCACCAGGCUCGACAACUCGGCGGAGGUGAAGGACGAGUGGGAGGUGGUGGUGCAGGUGGAGGCCCUUUGGGUGGACCGGCGGGCGGCCGCCCACGUACGCAGCAGCAGCAGCCGAGAAGGAGAAGGCAACAACGACGACCUGGGGGCUGUCGUCACGCGGGCCGUCGAGGAGCAGGGCCGGUUCCUCCACCGCCCGACCGACUCGUCGGCCCUCCUCCUCGGCUCCGUUCUCCACCUCGGCGCCUCCGCCCAAUCCCACAACCUCGCCCAGGCCGGCGCGCGAGUGGUGGCCUGCGGCUCGCUGCGCGGGGUGCCGCUCGCCCUCUCCUCCCCGCCUGGCGCCGUGGUCGAGCGCCUCCUUCUUGCCGGCGGCGAUGGCGUCACGAGCAGCGUGGUGUGGGCCGAGCUGGUGGCGUUUGUGCGGGCGCACACGGGGGGCCGGGGCGCCGAUGUCGUCCUCAACUGCACCGUGGCGCCCCACACCGAAUCCGCCUCCCUUCUCGCUGCUUGCCGGGGCGGGACGGUAGUGCUGUCGCCGCAGCAUCGGGUGGACAAGGAGCGGCUGCUGGGCGGGCUGGCCGGCGAGGUGGAGGUGGUGGUCGGCGGCGGCGCCGCGGUGCCGGGGGUGGUGGAGGCCGUGUUCGAGCUGCUCCUGGCCGACCGACCGCUCAACGCCCUCUUCUCCGCCAUCGCCCGCCUCCCGCCCACCCCUGCCGCCUCCUCCUCGCCACCGCCCCCGACCACCUCUUCCAUCCCCUGA